AUGGGCGCCUGCAUGAGCUCGAGUAAUGAGGAGGCGGAGCAGAAGAAGAAGAGUCAGGCCAUCGACAAGAUCCUUGAAGAAGAUUCUAAGCGACUACGGAAGGAAUGCAAGAUCUUGCUGCUAGGUUCUGGUGAAAGUGGAAAGUCGACCAUCGUCAAGCAGAUGAAGAUCAUCCACCUCAAGGGCUAUUCAGAAGAUGAGCUGUAUAACUAUCGGCCCACUGUCUUCAAAAACCUCGUCGAGUGCGCAAAGGCCGUUAUUAUGGCCAUGCAACAAUUCGAGAUCGAACCCCAAAACGAGGAGAACAAGGCGCACGCCGAGUUUCUGAUGGAGUAUCAAGCCGAAUCGGGCCCUCAAGCACAGAUUGACCCGAAAGUCGGCGCUGCAGUACAGUCGUUAUGGAAUGACCCAGCCAAGGAUCUCCUCAUGGAGCAUCAGACAGAGUUCUAUCUCAUGGACUCGGCUGAAUACUUCUUCCAGGAGGCGCUGCGAAUAGUGGGAUCCGACUACCUUCCGAACGAGAUGGAUGUCCUCCGGGCGCGAACCAAGACAACAGGUAUCUACGAAACGAGAUUCCAGAUGGGGCAGCUGAGCAUCCACAUGUUUGACGUGGGCGGUCAACGCAGUGAGAGGAAGAAAUGGAUACAUUGCUUUGAGAAUGUAACAUCAAUCAUCUUCUGCGUGGCAUUGAGCGAGUACGAUCAAGUAUUGCUCGAGGAAAGCAGUCAGAACCGAAUGAUGGAGAGUCUCUUGCUGUUCGACUCGGUAGUCAAUUCGCGGUGGUUUAUGCGAACUAGUAUCAUCCUGUUCCUCAACAAGGUGGAUAUCUUCAAGCAAAAACUGAGCAGGUCUCCCCUGGGAAACUAUUUCCCAGAUUACUCAGGCGGCAAUGAUGUCAACAAAGCAGCCAAGUAUUUGCUGUGGCGCUUUAAUCAGGUCAACAGAGCACAUUUAAAUCUGUACCCUCACUUGACACAAGCAACAGAUACGUCAAACAUCCGGCUCGUCUUUGCAGCAGUCAAGGAGACUAUCUUGAAUAACGCACUUAAGGAUUCGGGCAUUCUCUGAUUGCGAAGCGCUGCGCAUUUUGAUUUUCGACCAUGAUGUUAGGACACGGAACUGUGGGCUGGCGUCGAGAGCAUUAACCGGAGUUUGGGGACAUGGGAGGGAGGACGACUUCGACUUUACACGAUCAUUGUUUUAUUCCGUUGCGACACAGCGUUUCCUCGUUUUGGACGCUCACCUCUGAUCAAUAUCACUCACUCACGAUCGAGUUCAUUUCUCUAUAAUGCCGAGAGCGCGGCAACGAUGGCGCAAUGCGAGUGCUCGAGACGCAAGCGAACCCAAUACAGCAGAUGUCAACCAAGGCUUCCCGAACACAGACGCGCUCGGCACGAGGACGAUUUCUUUGUUGGAUUAUAUUUCUUGCUCUGCUCUUGCCUUGCUUUGUGGGCCAAUAGACCUUGUGAGAAGUCGAGAUUUUGGGCUCUGGAUCUGUUCACCCAGGCAUGGAGCUCUGUACGAAAUGAGAGGGAUGGUUAUGAAUAGCGCCUGAAUGGCAGCGCGGAGCUGCUGGUGGUCGGUAUCUGGUUUCGUCGUCUUGGGGCCAGGAAGGGGGUACAAAGCGGAGACAUGACCCUAGUCACAUUCCUGUGGCUUCUGUCGGGUUUUCAGAGAGAUAGAGCAGGCGCAUGGGUUCCAGGGAGAGUGGUGUUUACGGAGCUGGACGGGAACGUGUGCAGGGAAGCAGGUCAAGGUUGGCAUGCUAAUGGAUUGCUUCAUUUUGCGCAGAGUACAUAGCCCUCGGUCCAAACGAGACGAAUUGAUGACAUUGGGGGUGUGCGUCCGUC